AUGUAUAAGAUGGAGUAUUCUUACCUGAACUCCUCUGCCUACGAGUCAUGUAUGGCCGGGAUGGACACGUCGAGCCUGGCGUCGGCCUACGCGGACUUCAGCUCGUGCAGCCAGGCGGGCGGCUUCCAGUACAACCCCAUCAGGACCACGUUCGGGGCCACCUCCGGGUGCCCCUCUCUCACGCCGGGAUCGUGCAGCCUGGGGACGCUGCGGGACCACCAGAGCAGCCCGUACGCCGCAGUUCCGUACAAACUGUUCACGGACCACGGAGGCCUGAACGAGAAGCGGAAGCAGCGUCGCAUCCGCACCACUUUCACGAGUGCGCAGCUGAAGGAGCUGGAGCGCGUGUUCGCGGAGACGCACUAUCCAGACAUCUACACACGGGAGGAGCUGGCCCUGAAGAUAGACCUGACCGAGGCACGAGUCCAGGUGUGGUUCCAGAACAGACGCGCCAAGUUCCGCAAACAGGAGCGCGCGGCGGCCGCAGCAGCCGCAGCUGCGAAAUCCAAUUCAGGAAAGAAAUCUGACUCGAGAGACGAGGACAUUAAAGACAACAAAGCCACAGACCCGGACAGCACUGGCGGUCCCGGGCCAAACCCUGUGCCCACUUCCUGUGGGGGCCCCAGCCCCACGGGGGGUCAGGUCAUCACCAGCGGCAGCGGGCAGGUGGACCCCGUGAAGACAGUGUCGAGUGGCGGCAUGGUGGGCUCCCCGAGCCAGGGCUGGGCCACCGGCCCCGGGACCAUCACGUCCAUCCCGGACUCGUUGGGGGGGCCCUUCGCCAGUGUCCUGUCCUCUUUGCAAAGACAGAACGGAGCCAAAGCCACAUUAGUAAAGACCGGCAUUGUCCGCAACGCGUCCAUCACGUGUCCAUCACGUGUCCACCACGUAUCCAUCACGUGUCCACCUGUCAGACUGUGUCCCAGAGCGGGGCCGGGACGCGGGGAGAGGACAGAGGCCGUGGACGCGGUCAUUCAGGAGGGAGCAGGAAGAGAGGAGGACAGAGGAGAGGAGGAGAGGAGAGGACAGAGGAGAGAGGAGGAGAGGAGGAAGAGAGAGCAGAAGAGAGGAGCAGGAGAGAACAGAGGAAGAGGAGAGGAGCAGGAUAGAGGAGAGGAGGAGAGGGGAGAAAACAGAGGAGGAGAGAGAAGAGGAGGAGAGAGCACAGGAGAGGAAGAGGAGAGAGCAGAGGAGGAGAGAGAAGAGGAGGAGAGAGCACAGGAGAGGAAGAGGAGAGAGCAGAGGAGGAAAGAGCACAGGAGAGGAAGAGGAGAGAGCAGAGGAGGAGAGAGCACAGGAGAGGAAGAGGAGAGAGCAGAGGAGGAGAGAGCACAGGAGAGGAAGAGGAGAGAGCAGAGGAGGAGAGAGCAGAGGACGAGAGGAGCAGAGGAGAGAGCAGAGAAGCAGAGGAGAGAGCAGAGGAGCAGGGGAGAGGAGGGGAGAAGGAGAGAGCAGAGGAGAGGAGCAGGAGAAGAGAGGAGCAGGAGAGAGGAGCAGAGGAGCAGGGGAGAGGAGGGGAGCAGGAGAGAGGAGCAGAGGAGCAGGGGAGAGGAGGGGAGCAGGAGGGCAUUCCAGCUGUAG